AUGUCGUUAUUAUCUAGUCCCCUAACAUUGCAGUGCGGCCUGGAACUUCCCAACAGGCUCACAAAGGCGGCAAUGGCAGAGAAAAUGGCACCCGAACAAAACCCGGAUGAUAAAUUCCCACGGGCAUACUCGGAAUGGGCUAACGGAGGCUGGGGUCUCAUUCUCACAGGCAAUGUCCAGGUGUCCCAAACGUAUCUUAAUUCUCCCGGAGAUGUUGCCAUCCUCCCCCCAAAUGCAGCCACACCAGGCCUCCAGGAGGCUUGGCGCGAUUGGGCCACAACAAUCCAACGAAGCGGAACGCCAGCUCUCGUGCAGCUCUCCCACCCUGGCCGCCAAUCCCCACCAGGCGCUGGGAGGCGCUCUUUCCUAACCAAGAAUCUCGCUCCCUCCAGUGUUGCCCUAAAUUUGGGAUCUGGCUUCGUUGCUCGCAUUGCUGCACGCGUGAUGUUCGGGAGUCCCCGCGAAAUGACGCGUGCCGAGGUCACCGAGGCUAUCCAGCAGUUCAUCGACGGCGGCAAGCAAGCUCACCUUGCGGGCUUCAAGGGCAUUGAGUUACACGGCGCGCACGGCUUCCUGAUUUCCCAGUUCCUGUCCCCUAAGACGAACCUGCGCACCGACGAGUUCGGCGGGAACCCCGCUAAGCGCGCCGAGAUGGUCCUGCGCAUCAUUAAGGGUAUCCGUGCAGUCACCAGCCCGCAGUUCUGUGUCGGCAUCAAGAUGAACAGCGUCGAUGUCAGCGAGCAGGGUGACGGCGGUCUCCAGGCCGGCCUUGAGCAGAUGGGCCUCAUCAUUGACGCGGGCGUUGACUUCAUCGAGAUCAGUGGCGGCUCAUUCGAGGACCCCUCCAUGUUUCCGGUGGACCGAACUGCACCGGUUAUCGGAUCCACGGCCGCACCUAUGGCCCCAGCACUCAUACCAAAGGCAGGCACAAUGGCGCGAGAGGCGUUCUUCCUCGAAUUCGCCAAAAUCGUACGGGAACACUACCCCAAGAUUCCUCUAAUGGUGACUGGUGGCUUCCGUAGUCGUGCUGGCAUGGAAGCGGCGCUUGAGAGCGGCGCAUGCGACAUCAUCGGGAUCGGGCGACCUGCGGCGGUGGUGCCGAAGUUGCCGAAGCUUGUGCUACUCAACAAGGAGAUCCUUGAUGCGGAUGCAACGAUCCGGCUCAAGCGCUUGGAGAUGGGCUGGCCGAUGAGGACGGUGCCAAUCAAAUCGCUGAGGGCUGGAGCCGAGAGCACGUACUAUGGAGAGCAGAUUGAACGAAUGGGAAAGGGGCUGCGGCCGAUUGAUACGAGGGUUUAG